GUCGGCUGCAAGUCCGUCACUUGGUCGUUUUUGGAGGACCCUCCGAAGCCGACGGCUCCGGCUCAGUUUAAAUGGCAGACGAACAGCUGGAUUCAUGACGGCGCCUCGGCUGCUUCAGCCCAGUGGUACUGCACAGCAGGGAGCGACCGCCGCCUGGUUCCACCUGACCUGCAAGGUUUGCCAUAAAGUUUGGCUGGGAGUGUUGGUUCUCAGCUUUCUGAGCGGCACCACGUCCGCCACUUCGGACUACGAAGACGUAUUGCGAUGCCUGGAGAAGCUGACGGACUCCUUUCAGGAUUCAACAGCAAUGUUGUACGCACCGUCAGUAAACACUGAGGACAAAUGUGAAGAGAUGUCUCUCAAGUGUUACCUCACGGAGCUGAUGAUGGUGAUCGGAGAACAGGAAAUAAAUAACUUAUACACUAGAUGCAUCGACGAUUUUAAUGCCGGGCUUCUGGAAUCUCAAUCGCAGGACCGUUGUCUCCAGUGCGAAGUGCACCCGCAGCAGGACAUCACCACAUUUCUGAAACAACUUAGAGAACUGUUGGAGCGGCUCCUGAUUAAAAAGGCCCCUGAUCCGAAAUGAUUCCAUGUAAAUUGUGUGUAUAUAAAUAUAUAUAUAUAUCUGCUGUAAAUGUGAAGGUGCAUGUGCUGAACAUUCUGGCCAGUACGAGUCUCAAACAACCGUGUAAAUUCCACUGGAUGAAGUUUGACCCUUAUAAGCUACGGUAAUCGAGUUUUGCUGAUGGAAUAUUCUGACUAUCCUGGUUGUCCUCCAGUGUUUUUCAACCGGCGUGAGCCGCGAGAAAUCGUCGGUUUCACCUCAUCUGUCCGGACACAGAGGUGGGCGAUAUGCUGACUUUAAAUCAUUAGCGCGUGUUGACAAGCGACCAACGUGAGGAGACGACGUGGAUUCUUUCCAUACACUGUAGAUCUGAGCUGAUGUGUCGAAGAACCUGGUCAAAUGUGCAGCUUCGAGUUGUUUUCAAACCUGACGUGCCUCUAACUCCACCACACACCGUCACCACGGGAUGAUGGAGUUUACCUGGUCAGUCCUGCGACGCCUAAGACUCUCUGCCCCGCAGAGCUAACAAAGCUAGCGUGACGUCUCACCUCAAAACUUUAUUGACAAUCGCCGUGCAUCCAAUUUGCUUUGUGGUUUAAAAGUUUCCUAAAAAGUAACUGCAGAACCAAAUAAAUGUGCUGAAUAAAUAAAUAAAUGUGAGGAGAGAAAGAAUUAUCACUGUUAUGGAAUAAGCUGACGCAAAGUAAUGAUAAUAAUGUGAAAGAGAUUCAGUUAUUUAAAAGAAUGAAAUUUAAACAAAUACUUUUUUUAUGCAGUUUGUUUCUGCAAAUAACAGGGCAAAAUAGCUGAGUGUCCAUAGCUACAAUCGCAAAUUAAAGGGUAUUUUCUACAGGAUUUUUCUACUUUGGUGGUGUGCCGUGGCUUAGAAAAGGUGGAGAAAAAAACUGGUCUCUUCAUAUGUGCCUUGUUUUUGUUUGUUUGUUUUAUUGAAGGCAAUAUAGAUAAAAGUGGACAUAUUUUAUAACUGCGUGACAAACGAUGAAGCUGUAGGAACGUGCAUGUAAGCUGUGAGUAAGAAGAGAACUUUGGAACCAGGAAAAUAAACCCACCCACAAAAGUAACAAAUCACUUUGUUUUCCUUUUUUUUGGAACUGGAAGAGUGCACUGUUUCUAUAAGUUUCACCUGAAUGACUGUUAAGAUGACAAGUGCUGUAAGUUAAAUUAAACACCAUGU